AUGGAUUCUGAGAUCGGUGCGUAUCGUCCGACUUAUUUUCAUUUGCGAUUGAUGUUCAACGGUUCGGGUGAUGGCCAGUGGACAAUUCCUGACGACGACAUUCUUAUCAUUCCUGACAGCAUGACUGAUCAAGAGCAAAACAGAAACGAAGACGAUUUGAUGCCCUUUGAAAGAAUUGAUCGUACCCCACCGACUAGGCGUCCUCGACAACCCACAUUUCUCCAGCCUCAGUUCGGCGAAUCGCCUGAAUAUCAUCGUGCUAGAGCGAUGCUGAGGGAUGAAUUUAGAGAGAGGCGAUUGCAUCGACUCAGAGAUCUUCUUAUUCAGCUUUCACCAACCACAUUUACGAAUCCGAGAGGUCGAUGA